AUGGUGAAACUACGUGUAUCCGUUAUAACAAUAUUGUUCGCGACUCUAUGUGUCAACUUGGUGGAACCACUAGUGAAAGAGAGUCUGUCCAAAUUUUUGGGAUCUUUAACAGGAAUUAAAAAAGUAAGAAUCCCUGAAUUGCUGAACCAAUUGUGCAACGAGUCCCAAGGAUCAGACACGGUUCGUCGAGAUGCGUGCUACGGGUGCUUCUUCAGGACCACCAGCCAAGCCCUUGGCUACCCUCUGCUGGUGGCAAUGUCUAACUGCGCUGAUAUUUAUCUCAAUAACACCGAUUACGGUCACUGUCAACAGUACCUGAACAACGCCACCAGCACGCCGGACACAAGAACGAACCCCAUGACAGUGUAUUGCACGUUCCUCGAGUGCGUUCGCCAGGUGAACAAGGACAACCUGCUCCGGGAAUGCGUCGGCGAGGCCAUACGAAUGUUCCCGAAUUUCACCCUCACGGACGUGAAACUAGCCCAAUUAUACGUGAACACCACCGCGUGCGUGCUGGCGAAAACCCGUUGCUCCCAAAUGAACCCUAUAACCGGGGAAUUUCAAGAAGACGAUCUGGCUAAUAAGCUGCACAUACCCACGGUCAACUCGAUGCUGGUCAACACGGAUUACAACAUCAACAUCGUCCAGCUGCCGUUCCAUUACAGUUCCAUCGACGUUUGCGCGAAAUACAGAAACUACGAGCAGGCCAGCUGGCCCCGUGUCGGUUGUUGA